AUGCUUUUGGCCCUCUUGUGCAUCAUCUGGGGCAAUGCUGUCAGGCCUGCUCUUUUCUUGAACCCUGAUACUGAUGUGGGAGACAUACUUAGUUACAUCCCAAAAGCUGUUCUCAGGAAGCUUGAAGACAGAGUGCCGCAGGACUUCCUCUGUGAGCUACGGCCAGUCACCAUCCUCUUCCUCCACCUGAAUUUUGAUACAAAGGACAUAGUAUCUUUCCGUAGUGUCCUCAGUGAAGUCAGCAGCCUGAUGCAGGAAAUCAUCUGUCCUCACAAGGGUGAAGUGAACAAAGUCUUCCUGUUUGACAAAGGCUGUACAUUCCUGUGUGUGUUCGGACUCCCCGGAGUAAAGCUGGCCCAUGAGAGCAUUCAUGCCUUGCAGAGUGCUUUUCAGAUCUUCAACUCGUGCUCCAAGAUCAUUGCAAAAACAGGGACAGCGUCUGUGUCUGUUACCAGUGGGAUGGCGUUCUGUGGCCUCAUUGGCCACCCUCUGAGGCACGAGUACACAGUCAUUGGCCAGAAGGUGAACUUGGCAGCCCGGAUGAUGAUGAGCUACUCUGGGCUGGUGACCUGUGAUAGCACAACCUGUGCCAGCUCUGGGCUGCCCUCUUGCUACUUCAAGGAGCUGCCGGAGAGAAAGAUGAAAGGCUUCAAACAUCCUGUCACUGUCUAUCAAUAUGUGGGGAUCACCACCAACAGCAUAUUUGGCAUGGCUCUUGCCAUGAAGAUGCCAGAUAACGCCUCCUUGCUGGGUCGGAAGAAGGAGAUUGACCUCUUUGUCAACUGCUUGGAAGCCUCUAACCGUUUUGGACAAAGACACAUACUGGCAUUUGAGGGCGCAAGGGGCGCUGGGAAGAGCCAAUUACUUAAUCACCUGUCCCAGUUAGGCCAGUCUGCUGGCUGCAGGUACAGGGUUUUGUCCUGUAGUUUUGGGACACUGCUUCUUUCCAUCCCUGAGAGCCAUGGAACGCUCCAGCCCCUUGGCCAGUGUGCCUUGGCCUUGGACUGA